AUGGUGCAUAGCUCUCUCUCUCUUCUGGAGAGCUCUUUGUUGACGGGAUCGAUUCCAUAUCUUUUGUUUCUUCUUUCAACCGUCAUUCGUUCGUUCUACAUUCCUUUUCAUUUUUCUUCGUCCAUUUCUUCCCUCUUUUUACUCUUCAUCAUUUUUCUUUCCUUUUAUUUUUACUUUUCUAUUUUCUUUCCUUUGUUUUAUUUUUAUUUUUUACUUUUCUCUUCUUCCAUUUUCUUUCUUUCAUUUUUUCCUUUCUUUCUUUCUUUCUUUCUAGACAUGGUUUCUUUCUUUCUUUCUUUCUCUCUUUCUUUCUUUCUUUUUUCUUUCUUUCUAGAAAUGGUUUCUUUCUUUCUUUUUUUCUUUCUUGAUAUGGUUUCUUUCUUUCUUUCUUGCAGGAUAUGUUUUCUUUCUUUGUCACUUCCUAUACAUAUAUACACAUAUUUUCUUUCUUUCUUUCUUUCUUUCUUUCUUUCUUUCUUUCUUUCUAAUCUUUUUUUUAUUUCUAUCGUUUUAGACAUAUUUUCAUCUUGCUUUCUUUUUUUCUUUCUUUCUUUACAGAUAUAUUUUCUUUCUUUCUUGCACAGGCAUGUUUUCUUUCUUUGUUACUUGCUAGAUAUAUAUAUUUUUUUCUUUCUUCCUUUCGUUCUUCCUAAAUACGUUUGUUUUUCUUGCGCUAUUUCUGUCGAGAUAAGUUUUUCAUUUUUCUGUCUAUACCGUCUUCCUUUCUUUAUUUCUUUUUUCUUUCUUUCUAGACAGAUGCACUUUCUUUCUUUCUUUCUUUCUUUCUUUCUAGACAGUUUUUGUUUGUUUCGUUUGUUUUUACCAAUAGAUAUUUAUCACAAUGUCAUGCCUGACCAAUCUGAACGACCAUUCCGUGGCCAAACAUGUUCUAAAUCGGCACAUACCCGCCAACAAAUUCCAGCUUGUCCCAGCAGUCACGUUUUCUGGCCCCAAUCCCAGUGUCUAUCUAUCUAUCUAUCUAUCUAUCUAUCUAUCUAUCUAUAUAUCUAUCUAUCUAUCUAUGUUUAUAUCUCUCACUAUGUUCAUUAUCUAUCUAUCUAUCUAUCUAUCUAUCUAUCUCUCACUAUGUCAUUAUCUAUCUAUCUAUCUAUCUAUCUAUCUAUCUAUCUAUGUCUAUAUCUCUCACUAUGUUCAUCAUCUAUCUGUAUGUAUGUAUGUGUCUGUAUUUCUCACUAUGUUCAUUAUCUAUCUAUGGUGAACAUCUCCGUGUUCUCUCUCUAG